AGGUUCUACCGCCACCCCUUUAUCUAUAGAAAAUGUAUAUAUAACACGAUAUUAUGGAAAUUAAAAAGGAACAAGAAUUAGAACCGGAUGAUACUGAUUUAAAUCAGAAUCGGAUUUCUAUAUCACGUUUGAUUGAUAGUGAUCAAGAAAACAUUAACAAUAAUAACAAUAAUAUGUCUACACCACCUAAAAAUGAAACCACGUCGGAUGAAGAUCAACCAAGCAAUGAACAUCAUGAUUCAGAACCACCACAUAAAAGAAGAGUACGACAUAAGAAGAGAUAUGGUCAAUUAACUGAUAUUGUUAUUGGAAAAUCAAAACCAACAAAAUUAAAUCCAAUAUCUACUGUCGUACCCCCUAAUAAUGCCAAUAUUGUUAAUCCAAGUAUAACUAUGAAUAAUAAUAAUCAUGAUCAAUCAGUAUUAUUUUCUAAAUUUAGAAUGUUAAAGCCAUUAUCUCCACCUCCACCUCAACAAUUGCAACCAUUACAAUCAUUAUUCCCAUAUCCUCAACCACCACAUCAAUAUGAACAAACACCUACCCUCCAACAACAACAAUUACCACAUAUGGUCUAUUCUCCCGUACCACCACCUCAACAAUAUCAACAACAACAACAACAACAACCGCUUCAACUUCAUCUUUUACCUCAAAUGUUGGUUCAUUCACCAAUGGCGAUGGCAACUCAACAUAUGCCCACACCCCCUUUAAUUCCAAAUUCACCAAUGAUAACUGUAGUUCCUUGUAUUCAUUGUCAACAAUUUAAUCAAUUAUGUGAUAGGAAAUUUCCAAUUUGUCACAAUUGUGAAAUAUCGAAUAGAAAUUGUCAAUAUCAACCAUAUAUGUCACAUCCACCAACUAAUAUACAGCCUGUACCCCAUCCACCAGGACCGGUAUCGAUUCCAUCUACUCCUAUGACAAUAAUGACGGGGAGUAGUAGCUCGAAUGGAACUGUUGUAUCAUAUUUUGAUGGACGAUCUCAAGUUAAUGUUUCAAAUACUAACCCAUACAUGACUAAUGAAAAUAAUUCUUAUAGGCCACCACAAAUAGCCAAUGAAGUUGAUCAAGCUUCAUCUGUAGUUAUUGAUUCGCUUAAUUUUGAAUUCAAUCCAUCAUCCUUAGAAGUGGUUAAUGUUAAAAAGUCAACUUUAUUAACUUGUGGAGAUAUGUAUUUUAAAUUAUUUUCAUUUGAUUUUCCAAUAAUUUCAAAACGAGAAUUUUUAACUUACUUACAUCAAUUCUUAUAUAAUAGAAAUCAACUUGAUAAUUAUUUUAAGUUUCAGUUAUUCAUGAUAAUAUCAAUUGGAAGUAAAGCCAUUGAGAAUUUAAAUGGGUCUACUAUGUUUUCCAUCUCACAACAAUUCUUCAAACAAGCUAUAUUAUUAAAUCGCGAAUUAGCCAACGAUCAAUUGCAUCAUCAUACAAGUGGAGGUAAGAAUAUUGAUAAUUUAAAGAGAUUAUUAUUAUUAGGGAUUUAUUCUUUGUUAGAAAGUUCUGAAUUAAUCUCAUGGGAAAUAUCAGGUAAAUUAAGUAGAUUAAUAAGUUUAGUUGAACCUGAUCAAUUCAAACAAGAUUAUCAAUUAAAAUUAUUAUGUUCAAAUAUUUAUAUUAUUGAAGGAUUGAUUACUGCUACGUUAAAUAAGAAUAUGACUAUUAAUGAAUCAUAUCUUAUUGAUGAUAAUAUUGAACAUCUGAAACAAUUAAGAAUUCGUCAAUUAGAAAUGUUAAUUAUGCAAAGUAAAAAGAAAAGAUCUAAUUCAAUCAUAAGUUAUGCUGAUAAAAAAUCAAUUGAAUCUCAAUUAAGUUAUUGGUAUAAAGGUGGAUUUGAUGAUGAUUCUAAAGAUGAAUUUCUUCCUAUUAGAAACAAGAGAGAUUAUAAUUAUUUAUUAGCUAAUCUUUAUUAUUAUUCAAGUAAUACCUCAACUACCUCAUCAUCAUCAAGUAAUAAUAAUGGUAACAAUAAUAAUAGUAUCACUAAUCAACAUUCAAGUUCUAUCAAUGAUACCAAUCGAAGAAAGAUUAUGCAAUAUUGUCAAGAUUAUUUCCAACAAACCCUUGAAUUAGCAAAUGGAGGGAAUUUAAUCAUUGGAUGGAUGUCAUUAUAUCGAUUGUUUAAUAUCUGUACUAUAUAUUUUGAAAAUCUAAUUGAUGGAUGUGAAACUCUGGAAUUCAUCACAAGUGAUCAUACUAUUAAUAAUAAUGAUAAUUAUAACACCAUCAAUUUACAAAACUUCAUAAAUUGUUAUAAGAUCUUACAAGAAUUUAAUAAUAACAAUAGUUGGGUGAUAGUUAAUCAAGUUUCAACCAUAUUUAACAAUUUAAUCAAUCUUUAUCAAGGAAAAUUGGUGGUAGUUGAUAUCCGCAACAAUAAAACGAUCUUAGUUGAAUCAUAUAAUUCAUUCAUCAAUAUGUUAAGACAACACUCUAGUCUUGAUUUAAAGUCUCAUUUUAGUUAGACCCCCUUUAAUAAUUAAUAAAACUGUAAAUAUACAAAUAGACAAAUUUAAACUUAGAUUGAAUCGUUAGUGAUUUAAACGUUAUCAUUGUUGUUAUUAUUAGAAGAUAUGGAUUUCGACCUUAAUUUUCCUGUUAAUAGAUAAACAAUAGAGAAAAUGUUUGAAAUUAUGUUACCAAAAAAAGGCAAAAAAAAAAGAAUAAAACAAAAUUAAAAAAAAAAAAA